GAUAAAGCAAUAUUGCCAGACAUUUGGGAAUUAGUCCCUGAAAAAAGCACAUUUUUCUCAUUGGUUUGUUUCAUAAUUAGUUCCAAACUUCAGAGUGAGUGAAGCUUCCAAGUAAGAGCGAUUGCUUACGUUUAAUUUAGAACAACUAAUAUAUUUCCCACCUAGCCACAACAGGGAAUUUAUAAAUAGGGAAGUCACUUUAAUAAUUACUUCCUCAUAAGACAUGCCCAAGAGGAAAAGAGAUGCUCUCAGUCAUGGAGCUGCUCUCCUAAGCAUGAGGGGGAUCAGGCUUUCCUCCCUCUGCUUUCUGAUGCACCUGCUGCAGGACAAGAUAAGCACCACUUUAGUCCUGGAAAAUCAAGACCUGCGAGAUGCAAUCAAGCCACGGGAGGUAUGGUUUUACUCACUGAACUUCAACAACACCCUGCGCUGGCAGCCUGGGAGAGCUGGAGAGGGAGAAACCACGCUCUACUUUGUGCAGUAUAAAGUGUAUGGGCAAAGCAAGUGGCAAAACAAAGAGGAGUGCUGGGGGAUUCAGAGCCAUUUUUGUGACCUGACGGAGGAGACUUCUGAUGCCUAUGAGCCCUACUAUGGGAGGGUACAAGCUGCUUUGGAUGGUGUGCAAUCCGACUGGAGCCUCAGCUGCAGAUUCACUCCCUGGCGAGAAACUAUGAUAGGACCUCCAACAAUAAAGGUGGUUCACAGCAACAAAUUCAUAAAAAUAAAGCUCCAGGCUCCACGAUCGGCUUAUAGAAGGAAGAGAGGCAGCACGAUACCAAUGACAAAUUAUUAUGAUCUUCAGUACCAAGUUUUCAUAAUUAACAACUUGCUAGAUGAGCAACACAGAGUGCUGGUGUAUGAAGGAAAAGACAAGGUGAUCAAAAUAGAAGAUCUGAAGCUGGGAGUCAGCUACUGCAUCGUGGCUAGAACAUCAGUGCUGGCACUGGGCCGCAGCAGUGCCUACAGCAGCAGGCGGUGCAUCGUGCUGCUGUGAACAGGCAGCCAUCGCCACAAGCCAGAGCCAGAGAGGAUGCAACAAAGUGACAGCCGGCCACCCCUUCCCUAAAAGGAGAAGGUAACAUAAAUACUGCUGUCCCACAGGGAAUCAUUUUCCAGAGUUCUUGCAUCUUCUCAGCUCAUUCCACUCCAGAUGAGAAUGAUACACCCAAAAAGGUUAGAAGAAUGGUGUGGAUAAUAACUUGCAUGCUGUCAGAGUGCUCAGAAAUGCCUCCUUCUUCCCUUUCUUCGGUUACGCAUAAUAUUGUUUCAUCAGUUUUUACUGCUGUCAAGCAAUUAUUAACCAGGAAAACAAGUGGUCUCCAGCUUUGUUAACAGGCAAUUCUGCUGCAGCUUCUCCAGGGACUUACCCAGUGUGUUUAAUCUAAAUGUACCCGUCCUCACUUAAUGGCCAUUAUUCAGGUGUUAUGUGUUUAAAAAUGAGUCGUUUAUCAAACUUCAUGAGUUUCCAUGAGCCAAAAUGCAAGAGUUAUUUCAAUUAGCUGGUCUGAAUAGUCUGUUUACUCAUCUCGAUCAAAGUAUUAUAUUCAUGUAUCACUUGCUUAGCAGAGAGAUUUAUUAUUCAUCCUGACUUGCAGGUGCCAAGGGCAAAGCUUAUGAGGACAUAUGUGACCUUGCCAACAGCAAGCUUAAGUUUGGGUCCUUUCUAAGGGGGGAAACCAGGAAAUCUUCAGAGUUUGAGCCUGUGCUCCUGGGUGCCUCUUGUAACAGAUUUUCCUUCUGCUUCAUAAUGUGAUGCAUAACGUUAGUCUUCCUUGAGAUACAGUCAAUAGUUCAGGCUAAGGAGCUUGUUUCUAGUUGAUUUUCCCAACUGAUGAAGGGUUUUCCCUCUACUGUACAAGCCUGAAAGCUCUGGUAAGAGCAGAACAGCCUACAGAGGUAUAGGAGGAGUGCGGGCAAAGGGCAUGUAUUGCAUCUUCAGUUGAAGUCCAUAGCAUGCAGCUUAAACAUGCACUGCAGCAGCAGUUCUUUCUCUUCCCAGUUACUGGGAUAAUGGUGGAGGCUGCCUCCUGUUACAAGCCCAGCUGUAAACCAGCAUCUGGGGUCUAGAAAAUGGCUGGACUACAUAUGUGGAUGCUUUUUAAAUUAAACCUUGCUGCAUUAAACAAUUAAUGCAUCCCAAUCAUUUGAUGUUACACAAAUCCCAGAGAUUCUUUGUAUGCCCUAUAGCACAAUUUAAGACAAUAUGUAUCUGCGUUUACAGAGCAAAGAGUUUUGUAUUGUAAUAAAAAAUAAAAUAAAAUGUGAAAAGCACUUGUGG